GACUUGGUGACGGCGGCCCAACCUCAGGCUGCAGCAUCCAGUCGCAGCCAUCCUUUGAUUUCUGCAACCCUGCCACUCCAGGCCAGCAACAGGGCCAGGGAGACCUCUUUCAGACCCCCAAAGACAGCAGCCCUUUUCCAGAGACAGAAGUUCUUAACCCCUUUGCUCCUAGCUCAGGGCUAACGAAGAUGGAUGUGGGAGAUUCUCAGUUCCAGCCUUUGGCUCUGUCUGACACUCUGUCCUUUGAUGGACUUGGAACUCCUUUACAGACGUCUUUAUCGUCACCUCAAGAGCAGUGUGUGCCCUGUACGCUGGACGAAGAGCUGGGACCCCCGACCACGCCUGAAGCCCGUAACGAUGAGAAGGCUCUGAUUGAGCAGCUUGUUUCCUUUCUGAGCGGAACAGAUGAGAGCGAGCUGGCUGAACUGGACAAGGCCCUGGGUAUCGACAAACUGGUACAGGUAAGACAUUAAACACUGUAGUAUAAAUGAGAACAGAGUGAAGCUGCUUGAGAAUGCAGCCGGGUCUCUAAUAAUGGCCUAUCUGGGUGUCGGCGGAGGUAAAUAAUGGCCGGACUCGUAUACAGGCCGGGGCUAUAAUUAGAACCAACAAUGUUCCUGGGCAGUCCUCAAAGACUUGUGAUAGUAACAUACAAGUACCACAGGGGGGCAGUGUUUGCUAACGAAUCCAAGCCAUUAGCAUGGGAAGUCCCAUCCUUAGCGCAGACAGUGCUGGAGACAGGCCGGCUUGUUUGGUUUUUAUGACCGAAAUUAUGACCCAGGAGUAUAACCAGCCACACGAUCGUCCUGAUCAGAAAGACUAAUGUGAUUAGCGGUAGGUCUGGUGGUGACCAGACAGCGUUAAAAUGACAGAAUUUCGUUGGCCUUCGUUGUUCUGAAUUUCCCUUGAAAUAUAUGAUACUGGUUGCCUGCCUACUUCCACUUAGCCUGCCUAAAAAGAAUUUCGCUGUGAUGGUAGAACAGUUUCCGGUAAUUUAUUUUUAAACUUUUUUUUGCAAACCAGUUUGGCCAGGAUUCCAUUUUUUUCAUAUUGCCGUGCAGAAGAAUUACUGCUGCUGGAAGAUGUUUGUAU